AUGGUCCGGGACAGCGGCUUCUCGAAGCUUCUAGCAGUGACUAUCCUUCACACCCUGAUCGAGACAUCGGCACAACAGUCGUUGAUCAAAGAAUUUCAUUCGCCUGACAGCAGGAAGAAGCAGGGAUGCUGCGCUUUCACCUCCUCUCCUCAUCUUUACCUGAGCAGCUUCGUGAAAGUGUGUCAGCCUGCUCAUUGCCGAGGGGAGCUCUUGCGAGUCGGGCGAAGCCAUGGCUUAAUUCCGAUCGUAUGCUGUGAUCCCAAGGAGAAGUUCGUCCCUGGAAGUUUCGCUGUGCCCAAGAGAGCAAGCAGCACCGACAGGAAGACGGCGAGGAAGACGCUGCUGAAUGAGCUGGCGGGUUGCAAGACGGCAGCGACGGCGAUUGAGCUGAUUGCCAACCACACCAGAGGAGAAAGGAGCGGGUCGAAGAUUGAGAUCAGCGCAUACAACCUCGCGCUGAGACUCUGUGCGAGGAAGAGAGGAGGAGACUUGGAGGGGGCGGAAGAGGUCAUGUCGCUGAUGCGGAGGGCCCAUAUGACGGGAGAUAUUGUCACGUACAACACGCUUCUUGAUGUCAUCUCGAAAGGUGCUGCACAGACCCAGUCCUUCCAGCAGGGAUUGAGAGUUCUCAAUGACAUGCGGGGGGUCGGUGUCAACCCCGACCUCAACACGUACAACUCCCUCCUGAACAUAGCAGCCAAAGGAGCUUCAAUCCCGGACAACAGCGAGUGGGUGACCAACGGGCUGACGGUGUUGUCAAUGAUGAGGGAGAAUGAGAUUGAGCCGGACGUCAUCAGCUACAACGUCCUCAUCGACGCUUGUGCAAGGGCUGGUGGGGUGAAGGGGAGUAGAGGAAGGAUCGAGGAAGGGCUGAAAGUUCUCGACCAGAUGAAGGAGGCCGGAGUACAGCCAGACACCAUAACCUACAACACCCUCAUCAACCUCUGCGCUAAGGCCGCGCGGGCGAUUCGAAUCCUCGACAUGAUGGGAGAGACACAAGUCGCGCCUGAUCUCCAGACUUACAACUCCCUCCUAAACACGUACGCGCAGGCUGCUUCUGCGGGGCAUGUCUACGGGUACUGGGAGGUGAUAGGCAUCUUGGCGAUGAUGAGAAAGGAGGGGCUUCACCCAGACUUGUACUCGUACAACACCAUCAUGAACCUCUGUGCCAAGUCUGCCAAGAUCCCUCCUCACGUCAAGGGGGUCACAUCCUGGAGUCUGGACGAAGGGAUGGAGGUGCUGAAGAUGAUGGCGGAGGACAACCUGUUGGGCGACGUCGUCACCUACACCGCCCUCCUUGAGACCUGCAUGUCGUCCCUCCGCACCCGCGGCAUCAGCCAAGUGAUCGAGCACGGCAAGAUGAUCUUCUCGAUGAUGAAAGACGCCAACAUCACCCCCAACACCGUCUCCUACACUGCUCUCAUCAACGCUGCCAAGGCUGAAGGAAGUCCCAAGGCCGUCCUGAUGGCCCACGAGCUCUUCCUCGAGAUGGACCCCAAGGAGCGGAACGAGCGAACGUACACGGCGAUGAUAGGAGCGUUUGCUCGGGUUGGUCGGUUUGAGGAUGCUCUCAAGGUCUUCGAGGAGUCCAAGAAGUACCUCCAGCCCGAUCGGAUCAUGUACAGCGCCAUCAUGAGCGCGCUGUCGCACGAGCAGAGCACGGUGAAGCGCCUGCACCGGGAGAUGACGGAGGACGGGAUAGUUGACGACGAGGUCACAGCAUGGCAGUUGAAGCGAGCGAUCAAUGGGACAGAGAGGGGUAGGAGGGAGAGGCAGCCAGGAGCGAUGCAGAAGCUGCGAGACAAGAAGUACAUGCCGGUAUGGAUGAAGGCCAAGAGGAGGAGCCAGUAA